UAAUAUUCAUAAAUUAUUCGUAAUGCGACGGCGUUUAACGGUCGUAAAGUUUCGGAGCUCGUCGUGAGUGUAUUGCCCAAUCACAUCCACCGGAUAGUGUUCCCGCCGUUUUGAAAAUUCACGAUUAUUAACCGUUAAAAUUUUCGUUAGAAGGACAAGCCUGUUUCUCGGAGAAAACACGGGAGGUGCUCGCAAAAAUCUUGCAAAAAGUGGUCGAAAAUCGUUCAAAUUUACGUUGUUUGCAUUGCCAAGAUGUCAAGAGGUGCGAAGCCAAAGCAAACUUCAUACGCCGAAGGAGAAGAAAUAAUGGCGAAAUGGCCUGGCAGUGCUUUAUGGUAUGAAGCGGUUGUCUUAUCGACAAACUAUGAAGGCGACCUAUUUCAACUACGGUUUCCUGAUGGUCAAGAAAACGAAGUCCCUUACUCACACUUAUCGGUAUGAAUGUUUAAAUCGUUCAAAAUAUAAUCAAAUGCAAUACAUGAUCGGAUAUUUCACUCAUUAUUUUGUACUUGAUGUAGCAAAAUUUUCACGUGUUUUGGACAAAGGCUUUGUCAUUGACUCGCUAGCUGGUAGUAGAUUAUAAAUGCUGCCUUAACAAAGGUAGUUUGAAAGGAUAUGAAGUAUUUGAGAUAUAGCACUUGUGUUCGUAGGAACAAGGUUAAAACUUGUGAUCGAAGUUAUGAUUUUUUUUGCUACAUGAAGAAAUCUGAUCAUUUUAAUAUUUUAUGUAAUGUCUGUAUAUGUUGGCGGCAUAGUUUACCUAGGAUUGGAGCCUUGGGUUUUAUAAUUUUUUGGGUUGGGAACGGUGACAAGUACAUUUUGGGAAAUUUUACUCUAUUCAAGUAAUCACUGAAUACACACAUGCAAUGCUAUAAAAUACUGAACAUCAGAAUACAGAAUACACACCAGUUUCACAAAUGGAAAGGGGCAGCAAAUAAUUCACAAUAUAAACUGGGAUAAAAAAUUUUCCCCCAUUAAGAACACACUGACUUGUCUGCAAUGGGAAGGGGUGAAACUGUCACAGCAAUUGCAGAAAAAGUCUGUGAUUGUACUUGUUAAGAUCUGUAGGUUGUUGGCCCCUCACAGCAUUGUCUACUUGUUCCACAAAAUGUGCAGGUGAUCUAACAUUGGGUUGUUCUAGAAAUUAUCCAUCCUGCCCCCAAGGAGGAAAUUUCUGCUGUCUGGAGGGGGAGGGGAGAAAAAUUUGUAUGAGGGUUAACUUCCAAUUUCCUUUGUUUGGGAGGUAUGGAUGUUUCCUGAAAUGACCCAUUCUACCUUGCCCAACUAGCAUUCAUACUUGAAUUAUAUGUAGACUUGGUUCAAGUCCGUCUCUCAACUUGGGGUUGAAAAUAGUGAUGCAUGUGAGCAAUCAAAAGACGCACAAAAAUAUGAGAGAAAAGUAGGAAGAGACAGACUUUGGAUACCCUGCAAGCGUGCCAAAUUUCACCGUCUGAUUUUUCGUAUGGAGGCAUGGCUUGCGAGUUGAGAACAACAACAAAUUUUUGCGCCAGUUUUUGCAAGUAUAACAUUCUAAAUGCUGCAAAUGUCCCAAGUCCGGACUUGAACCAAGUCUAGGAUAUAUGCUGUUAGCUCUUUCUCUCUCCAGACAGCAGAAAUUUCCUCUGUGGGGGAAGUGUGAUCUUUUCUGGAUUGUUCUAAUCAAUGUCCUAGAACAUUUUACUAGCAUGGUAUUUAGAAAUAGAUUUUACUCCCUUAUCUUCUCUUUCUUAGAAAAAGGCUCGAUUCCGAAGUCGAUCACAAUCACCAAGUAGACGGCGAAAAACUUCGCCUGGGAGACGACGUCGCUCUCGGUCAAAAUCUCCCUCGAGGAAGAAGGCUCCAUCGUCGCCACAGCGAUCACCAGGACGCCCAAAACGUGUUUCCUCUCAACAAUCCGCUGUUGUCAAGGACUUGGAUGAAAAACCAGCAACUGAGAAGGGUACUGUUACCGUUACAACAAAAACCAAAAUGUCCAAGACCCCACCUAGAACAGCUGUUGGACAACAACUUGAAGCAAGAGUGACCCGAUCUGCUUUAAAGCAAUUGGAAAAACAAGGCGUCGACACUCAAGGCAUUCGUAAAGGUCUCGGAGAAGGAUUAGAUGAACGAAAGCCUUCUAAGGCACAUGGCUAUGCAUUUGGAGGUCCUAUUGGUGUCUUCUUUUUAAUGCUUUCUCUGCCAUUGGUCGUGUUUGUAACAUAUCUAUAUUGUAACAAGAAGAAAUGCUACCGAGUUUCAGAGAUUUUGAAGAAUCCAAAGAUAAAGUUACCAUCAGCCAAAGAAUUUUUUGACCCAGAAGCAGCAGCUAUGAUCUACGGAUGGAUUGCGUUCCAAGCGUUCUUAAGCCUUUUACCACUGGGAAAAGUAAGUAUACAUCAUAGACGGAUGGGCCAUUAAAUCCUGUAGUUAUCAGUGCUGUUGCUUUUGGAAUUCUAUGAUAUCUAACCUAGUUUAUUUCCAGGUUGUUGAAGGAUUACCUCUGCAAGACAGAACAAAAUUGAAAUAUCGUCUAAAUGGUACGUCUUCAAUAACAUGUAUAUGUGUGUUUUGUACAUUCACACAACAACAGGAGCAUUUUGACGCAUUUUGAAUUUUCUUCACAGGUUUUUCCGCCCUCCUCAUCAGCCUGGCAACGUUUGCCGCUUGUCUGUACUUCAAACUGCCAAUUGCCAAGUUAAUACACGGGAAAUUCUUAGGAUUAAUAACACAUGCUCUGCUGUUGUCAUUCAUUUUGAGUGUUUUACUCUUUAUCAAAAGUUAUGUUGAAAAAACUGGCAUUUCUGUGCUGGGAAACACAGGUAAAAUUUAUUUGUAUUUUACCCCUAGGUUGUGUAAUGCUGUAUUUCUACAUAUAUUACAUACAUCAUCAGAAUAUAUACAUCUCUUUUUACCAUAUUUAUACAUGUUUACAAAAUUGCACCAAUGGCAAUAAUUCCACGAUAAUUUAUCAACAUUAUAAUGUCGACUUUAUCAUGCUGUAUUUGCUUUUUAGGAAAUCCUAUUUAUGACUUCUUCAUGGGCAGACAGUUAAAUCCUCGCAUUGGAAGCUUUGAUAUAAAGUCUUUCUGUGAACUGCGUCCUGGAUUAAUAGGUCUUGUAAGUAAAACCAUUUUCGUUACCCAAUUUAAAAACAAAAUCAUUUUUCAAUAUCAUAACUUGAUAAGUAUUUCAUUCAUUCCAGGCCAAACUUUAGGGGAGGUGCAGUAUCUGGCCCACGGCCCCCAUGGAAUGCUAGGACUUAGAAUGUAGCCUCUUAUUAAAGUCAACUACAUAUGCAUGUACUGUACACAAAUGUGUCAGCGUAUUUAUGAACUAUGAAUGUACAACUCGUCCAAUAUUGCUCUUCAUUACAUGACUACUUUAGAAGUUUAUUUCAAAAUAUUCCAUUAAAAGGGCACUUGAUACAGAGAUGAUGAAUAGUUAUCAGUUUUUCAAGUGUAGUCUCUAAGUAACGGCGUUACUUACGCGUAAAAAAUUUCACUUUGAUGAGUUGAUCUAUCAUUUAACCUCUCUCAAGGGAAGAUGCAAAAAGAGAUGCCCACCUUCCCUCAAUAUCCAGCCAUGCAUUCAUUUGCUUGUUUUUGUUUAUUUGUCAAUAAUUGUAAUGUCCAAUGUUGUUUUAACCAGGUUAUCAUCGACCUGGCAAUGUUGUUAGUCAUGUAUGAGAAAACCAACGUUGCCACAAACGGUGCACUCUUGCUCAUCUGCUCAUUCCAUUUUCUCUACAUCGUUGAUGCGCUAUGGUUUGAGGUAUUGUACAUUGCAAUCUUAUUUUAGGCAAUUUUGUAAAAAAUAUAGUGAUUGACCAGUAAUCUGUAUCAGCACUGGGUGGAUUUUUGUCUUAUCGGUAGAAUUUCCGAUUGUCUAAAACCGAUUGCAUUUCACGUUGAUACACGUUGCGUUUUAACGCAAUAUGUUAAAUUAAUGCGUGAAGCGAUCUUUGGUUGUACAUAGUAACAUGUUACGUUGGCAAUUAUCGUUAAAAAAUCGAGAUGAAUGACGUCACCGUUACUUAGUCAACUGAUAUUAUGACGUCAUUAUAAAAUCGGUAUCGGGUAUAUUGUCGCAUGAAUAAUCAGCAAUUCCCCAAUUGCUGCACAUUCGAUCAAUCACUAAAAAUAUAUAUUUCGAUGUUUAAUAUCAAAUGUUUUUUGAAAUACAAAGAUUUCUAAUCAAUGUUGUUGUAGCUUAUUUUAGUUGCUGAUGGUUAUCUCAAAACGUGUAGAGAGGUUCAGAUUUUGACUUCCGCUAUCACUAACGAUUAUCAACCAAUCAGAUGCGUUUAUUCUACCAGGUUACUAACCAAUGAAAUGCAUACUAAGUCUGUGAGAGAUAGCGGUGGUGAAAUUCAAAUCUGGAUCUCUCUAGUUAAACUGUAUUACAGUUGUCUAAAUUGUUUUUCUAUCUUUGAUUACAUGCUAAAAUUUCUUGCCAGGGUGCGAUGCUCUCAACUCCAGAUAUAACUUACGAAGGAUUUGGCUUCAUGCUUGCCUUUGGUGAUCUCGUCUGGGUGCCGUUCAUUUUCUCCAUUCAAUCUCGUUUCCUUGCUGAAUAUCCACACAAAAUAUCUUUAUGGCUCGCUGUUUUUGUCUUUGUUCUCAACAGUAAGUUCAACUGAUGUUUGCGUGAAGUUGUGGUGCAGGGGCCGGUUGUAUAAAAACGUAGUUAGCGCUAACUGCAGUUAAAAAGUAGUUAAAAAGCCUUAAAAAAUAGUUAACUUUAAUCACGUAGUUAAGCCGGUUGUAUAAAAGUGCAGUUAGCCUUAACUGCAGUUAAAAAGUAGUUAAAGUUAACUAUGCUUUAGGGUAUAGUUAACUGUCCAAAACGUAGUUAAAAAUGGCGUUUGUAUAGGAGUGAACAACAUUUUUCAGUAAAACAACAAUGAAAAGCAACGGUUACCUGAGAUUUUCAAUCGCUAUCUCCCCUGUGAAUGUUUCCUGACAAUAUAAACUCUUCAAGCGCUAUCGCUUUGGUGUUUUUACGAAAACAGAACAUAUUUUUGCACUGGACGAUUUCUCGAAGACGAAGUAUGGUCCAUUACACCAAGAAACACUGAUAUAUAAUUGCCAAACAGCUAUACCUUGGUUUAACGUAGACAUCUCAAGGAAAAACUGCAUUCUUUUAUGAUUUUUGUGGCGGUUUUUCUUUAUUUUUUGUUUAGUUUUCACUGUUUUCUAGUGUUUUGAAUAAAAUUCCCGCCUAUUUGCAAAAUACGAGUCCACAAUCAUGUUGAAAAUGUCUGUCAGCGGUCGUUACUCGCUGCUUACUUUAUGUAAUUUUGUGUUUAAACGCCCCACGCAAGCCCCACGCACAGUUAACUACGUGAUUAGUUAACUAUCCGACUAACUACGUUUUGUGCAACGCAGUUAAGUCAUGUAGUUAACUAAUUAGAGUUAAGGAUUUAACUACAGUGAUUAACGCUAACUACAGUUACCGCUAACUACGUUUUUAUACAACCGGCCCCAGAGUAGUUUUAUUCGAUCAUCUUGAAGUGUCUGAGCCAGUAGUGUAGGUAGUGUCAAUAAUAUAUAAACAAGCUUUCGUGGGUAGGGAUGCAGUUACCUGGAAAAAAAUAAGGAGAAUUUCGACGUUUCGAGCGAAGACCCUUUGUCUGGAGUAACUAGUAACUCCAGGCGGACUUGUUGCUGUAAAGUGUUUUUUUUAAUCUUGUGUCAUCUGCAUAAGGAUUAAGGGAAACGACACUUUAGGUUAACGUUUCGGUGGAGCAACCAAAUUAACCUAAGGCACUCCUCUAUACGAGAUUUUUAAAAAAGAUAAGUGAACAUUAUUUUCUCACUCAGAUAACUGAAAUAAACAUGUAAUUCAUCGACUGUGAAGACAACGCUCAUGCAUGUAGAGAAUUAUGAAGACCUAUGUUUUACCUCUUAAUUUUUUUGCAGCUGUUGGUUUUAUUAUAUACCGUGUGGCGAACUUGCAGAAGGAUCUAUUUCGACAAAAUCCAAGCCACCCAGCUGUUCAACGUAAGUAAAAUAUUACAUAAUAUUCCAUAAAAAAACUUACACUUUAAGUAACAGCUUUAUAGUUGCAAAAGAUGUUCUAGCAGUUAUUGGCAACUUGAAAAUUUAUUCAGAAAUGAAUUAUUUUCACGAAUGAAAUCUUGUAAUUUAUUUUUGAAAAAUAAAUGACAUAAAUUGAUGAGAGAGUGCACGCGAGAGUUGUAUGGCGGGUGGUCAAAAACGAGUGAAUCGCAACACUCGUCGACUCUCGUCAAUUCUCGUUCCUCCGGGGCUUUACUGUAGUUUCAAUGUUACACAGAAAUGUUGUACUCUUGUAGAUCUUGAGUCGAUGGCAACACUCGUUCCUGGUAGUCGUUUGUUGAUCUCUGGAUGGUGGGGUUAUGUUCGUCAUCCUAACUACCUUGGUGAUAUUCUCAUGGGUAUUGCAUGGUCAUUGACUUGCGGUGAGUGAUGGUAUUCUCAUGCAUGGGUAUUGUAUGGUCAUUGACUUGCGGUGAGUGAUGGUAUUCUCAUGCAUGGGUAUUGCAUGGUCAUUGACUUGCGGUGAGUGAUGGUAUUCUCAUGCAUGGGUAUUGCAUGGUCAUUGACUUGCGGUGAGUGAUGGUAUUCUCAUUGCAUGGUCAUUGACGUCAUUAUGAGGUCUAUUUAAUGUUCAAUGAGGAACUGUGAUUUGCUAUGAACCAUGUACACCUGUAACUCGAAGCAUUGAACCUAUUACUAAAUAUUUCUUCUUGAUAUCUCUUAUGUAGGUUUCACUCACGCCAUUCCCUAUCUGUACCCUGUGUACCUAACUAUCCUUCUCAUGUACCGAAGUUGCCGCUUUGAAGCACAUUGUCGUGAGAAGUACGGCCUCACUUGGGAGGAGUAUUGCAAGCGUGUUCGCUAUCGUAUUUUCCCCAACAUCUUUUAAAACACUCACUUUGUCGCCUUUACACAACCGUUUUAAUUAGAACUGGGAGAUCAGUAUUUUUAUUUUUGAACUCGUGCAUUGUACGAAACCUAUAACGAUAUAGCUAUAUGUAUCGUCAGCGAAUGGAUUAGUUUUUUACAGUACUAAAGCUAACUAACAUUGUUUUGGAAACCUUUUGUGAUCCUUCAAACUAUCCCAGUUCCCCAUACUGUUAUGCAGAAACAAAAUUCGCUUCCGGGAAGCAAAAAUGUUUGGUUCACCUUCGAGAAACAUGACUAGCUUUCAUUGUUUCCUGGUUAGCCACCAUUGAAAAACACGGCUAGGAAACAAUGUUUCCUGGUAUGGCCACCUUUGGCUUUGGGAAACAUGGCUAGGAAACAAUGUUUCCUGAACCGCCUUGCAUAUAACAUUCUCUGAUAUAUUUUUAUGUUGUAUAAAUAUUUUUAGUAGGAAAUUACUUUUGACUAUAAUAUAUAAUUACAACUUCACAUACGAGCGUUUAAUCCAUCGUAAAAGUUUGCUCCAAAGUGAUUAUAUAGUUGAUAUGACACUGCUAUCUAUUAUAAUGUUCGUAAUUGUUUUAUUUAAUUAUUUUCUUGUAAAUAGUUACUUUUAAACUAUCAUUGAUUUGUCCAACGCAACUGUACAGCUAGUUUAAUUAGACUUUUAACCAAUUUUUUCUGUAAAACGUAACGUCGU